AUGGCCUCAGAUCAACCUGUUAAGAAAAAGCAGCGAAUUGAUGCACCUGAUAUAGACGAUGGCAGCGACAGGUCAGCGGAAGAUAUCCUCACAGAUAUAUUUGACUCAGAAACUCCUGCAGAAAUAUCGGAAGAGUUUCCACCCAGGAAUGGUCACGAGUGCACUAUCGCGAGGGACUACUCGUUAGGGCCCUCGGCCACUCCUAUAUCUUCAGCCAUACAGUUGGUUGACCAGAGCUACGGCGAAGACGACCACGACUCUUCGCAUCUGAGGAACGAUGUGGACAAAACGACGCUGCAGAGGAUGUCCCUUUUGGUUUUGAAAUCGGUUGCCGUGACGGUGAAGGAGAUGCGAUGCGACUCAUCCGACAGCUCUAUAGACUCGUCCGACUACAACGCGAUACAGGACAUGCAGAUCGUCGAGAGAUCGAUCAGGGACGUCCUGAAGAAACUCGACGUGUUCGUGCGCAACAGUCUCGAGUUCCACCCGGAGACGGCUUUCACCAAAAUGCUCAUACAUCUGUUCAGCGAGCAAGACGACUACCUUAUAGAGUCCAUGGUGUGCACGUUGGAUAUUACAGUCGGCAUCGUGUACAGGAACUCCAUGUAUCCCGACCUAAUACCGAUGCUCAACCCUAUAUCAUCGUUCAUCGAGUUCCUGAAGGUGGUUUCGCACGACAGCGAUGUCCUUCUGGACUAUCUGGUUAGUAACGAGACGUGUUUCCUGCUGUACCUGCUGAGGUUCCUGAAGUAUGUCCGCAGGAACUGGCCGAAGUUCCUGGAGACGUGCCAGCAGGCGGACUCUGGCGGCACCAGGGGGCUAGACGACACCAUGCGCGUGCUGAUAAGGCUGCGGUUGCAAAUAAGCAGGCUGGUAUCGAAAUCCCUAUUCCCCUACAACAUCAGUCCCGUGCUGAGACUGUUGGAAGUGUGCGAGAGCCUAUACGAAGGUAACGAGUUCAGC